GGGGCCUCCGCCGCGGGAGAGACGCUUUCCUUUUUUAUUUUUUUUUUCCAUGUGUUCACUUCCGGGUCCGGCGCCGCUCCGGAUGCCCGAGGCAGAAGGAUGUUUGACCUCCGGAUAAGCGAGGCGCCGCUGUGCAUUCAUUCCCGGCGGCAUCGGCGGCCACAGCAGCGGGUCGGGCGGCGACUCCCGGGCCAGAGGCGGCGGUAGGAAGGCACCGGCAGCCCUGCCGGGGAGCGCGUCGGAGCCGAGCCGCCUUCCCUUCACUCUCGCUCGUUCCUUUCCACCCCCCCGCCCCCCCCCCCCCCCGCCUCGCUCGCUCCCUCCCUGCGUGGCUCGCUUUCCUCCUCCGGCCGCCGGCGGGUGUGAUGUGCCGCCGCCGCCGCUGCUGCCCCCGCCGCCGCCGCUGACUGGACGGAGCGCGGUGGGGUGGGCUGCGGGGGCUCCGCCCGCCCCCGGGACCGACCCCGCUGCCCGCGCGGCCGCGCCUCUGAGCUCUCUAUCAGUAUCAGCCUACAUCAUUGGAGGAUUGUAUUGAAGACAUGUUCUGCUGAAAAGACAACUGAGGAAAACUUUACGAAUGGGAUGAACAAGCGCCAGUUAAUUGACUACCUUCUGCAAUUUGAAUGUUAACAUUACCCACCUGGUACAGUUACCUAGUGAUGUACCUAUUCUCACAAUAUCCUAUUUCAUUGUGCUUGUCUUGAUCAAAGAAUUCAAAGUGGAGUACCGCAAACUUGAUAUGGAUAAUAAAAAGAAAGACAAGGACAAAUCAGAUGAAAGAAUGGCCCGGCCUAGUGGUCGGUCUGGACAUAGUACUCGUGGAACUGGGUCUUCAUCCUCUGGAGUUUUAAUGGUAGGACCUAAUUUUAGAGUUGGAAAAAAAAUUGGAUGUGGCAAUUUUGGAGAAUUACGAUUAGGGAAAAAUUUAUACACAAAUGAAUAUGUGGCAAUUAAACUGGAGCCCAUGAAAUCCAGAGCACCACAACUACAUUUGGAAUACAGAUUCUACAAGCAGUUAGGAUCUGGAGAUGGUAUACCUCAAGUUUACUAUUUUGGCCCUUGUGGUAAAUACAAUGCUAUGGUGCUGGAACUGCUGGGACCUAGUUUGGAAGACUUGUUUGACUUAUGUGACAGAACAUUUUCUCUUAAAACUGUUCUCAUGAUAGCUAUUCAAUUGAUUUCUCGCAUGGAAUAUGUCCAUUCAAAGAAUUUGAUAUACAGAGAUGUAAAACCUGAGAACUUUUUAAUAGGACGACCAGGAAAUAAAACCCAGCAAGUUAUUCAUAUUAUAGAUUUUGGUUUGGCAAAGGAAUAUAUUGAUCCAGAGACAAAGAAACACAUACCAUACAGAGAACACAAGAGCCUUACAGGAACAGCAAGAUACAUGAGCAUAAACACACAUUUAGGAAAAGAACAAAGUAGAAGAGAUGACUUAGAAGCUUUAGGUCAUAUGUUCAUGUAUUUUCUGAGAGGCAGUCUUCCUUGGCAAGGUUUAAAGGCUGACACAUUAAAAGAGAGAUAUCAGAAGAUUGGAGAUACAAAACGAGCCACACCAAUAGAAGUGUUAUGUGAAAACUUUCCAGAAGAAAUGGCAACGUAUCUUCGUUAUGUAAGAAGGCUAGAUUUCUUUGAGAAACCAGACUACGACUACUUACGAAAGCUUUUUACUGACUUAUUUGAUCGGAAAGGAUAUAUGUUUGAUUAUGAGUAUGACUGGAUUGGUAAACAGUUGCCGACUCCAGUGGGUGCAGUUCAGCAAGAUCCUGCUCUGUCAUCUAACAGAGAAGCUCACCAACACAGAGAUAAGAUGCAACAAUCCAAAAACCAGUCGGCAGACCACAGGGCAGCUUGGGACUCCCAGCAGGCAAAUCCCCACCAUUUGAGAGCUCACCUUGCAGCAGACAGACAUGGUGGCUCGGUACAGGUUGUAAGUUCUACAAAUGGAGAAUUGAACACAGAUGACCCCACUGCAGGACGUUCAAAUGCUCCCAUCACGGCCCCUACGGAAGUAGAAGUGAUGGAUGAAACCAACUGCCAGAAAGUGUUGAACAUGUGGUGCUGCUGUUUCUUCAAACGAAGGAAAAGGAAAACCAUACAGCGCCACAAAUGACUCUGGACACAGACAGAUCAUGGGGAGUUUCUUACGUGUUCAUCUGCUGUCUUGUGAUUAAUAUCAUCUCUGUAGUGACCACAUAUAUUUUCAAGGACUCACUCAGAAACAAAAAUAUCAUACUUUCAUACUUCAUUUUGUGGUUGUCUUACAUUCAUUCCCCCACCCCUUAAUUUAACUUUCAUGGAAGCUUUAAAGUUUUGUCAAAACAUGAGUGCUUUGCCCAUCAGUAAAUGGAACGGACCAAUGAGGUGGUAUUGAUGAAUACAGUUUAAAAAACAUUUUCAGAAGCUCUCCUGUUGUAGAAAGCAGUACGGUAGCAUUGUGUCAACCAGUUCUAUACCUAAUCUGGUUCUUCUAUAACUUCAGCAAGAGCAUAAUCCAAGAGCAGUUUUCUCUCAGUGGGUAACACAUCAGAGAAAACAGAGUUGCCCAAACAUUUAAGAGGUUAUUUAUUGAGAAGCUUCUAUUUGAGUGUGACAUCUGCAUUGAUUUCAGUAUUACUGAUGGUACUGCUAUUCAUGAGUCAUAUUAACAUUAUCUCUGUGAAAUCAUGGUACAGUCACUGCCCAGAGGUACUUAGGACAAAGUUCUAUGGGUUUGGCAGAUGGUAGGUGGUAAAACCAAUCACAUGUAGUGUGGUAGCUAGUGAGCUCUGCUUUUGUUGCACCACUAUGUGAAGUACAGUGUUGCCGAAGUGGCAAAAGCGCUUAUUUUUAAAAACGCAAAAUAUUUGUAUAAUGUAACUUUAUGCUUCCAGAUAAUAAUGUAUGUUAGGCAGCAAGAAAUGAAUACUUUGAGAAAUUGAGAUAUGUUGGAGUUUUUAAAAACAAUACACUAAGGAGAAGAAAUAAAUGUGAAUCUCAUUGCAAUGUAUAAGUUAAGUCUAAGGAGAUCCCCCAGAAACCUACUGCAGAAUGAUUACAUACUUUUCUCAGCAGAAAACUUUGGAUGUGCCAUGCAAUGGUGUCUGUUUAUUAAUGAUUUGCUCUUUGAUAAAAAAAAAUAGACUCCCUCCACCCCCACCCCAGCAAUAAAAACUGGGUCACUCUAUUGCCCUCUGCACAAUAGUCUCUUGUAUUCAACUUUGCUGGUUCUCUGGAAUUUUUCUACUUUUUAGCAUAAUUUUGAUGAUUGAAAAUUAUCUUGGAGAGAAUGGGUCAGGUGCUUUGCCUCCAUAGUCUUUUGAAGUGCCUGUAUAUGAACAAGUAACGGUUUUGUAAAAAAAGAAAAAAAAAGAAAAAAAAAAGAAACCCAUUCCACUUUUCAAGUAUGCUUUGUUUUAAGCCAUACAGACACAGGUGUGCUUUUGCCACAUUAGACUAGCCAGAAUCUUCCAGAAGAGUUAAAACAAAAUGACUGGCUAGAAAGAUGGUCUCAUAGUCACCUUUCAUUUAUAAACUUGUUACUUAACUCCUUCCACACAGCCUCUUUGUCUUUAAGUGCCUGCCCCCAGGCAUGCUUAUUUAUUUUUAUUGUCUCAAGGUAACAUUCAAAAUGUAUAAUUAAAUCUACAUUUUUUUGACUUCAUUAUUUCAUCUACAGGGAUUUAAUUGUACUUUGUAACUUAUUUUUCAUGUUAGCCAAAAGUUUCAUUGUUUCUGAUGAAUUAGGCACCCAUUCAAAUAUUGUUAAUCAGAACAUUGUUUUUCAUUGUUGCUCUGAAUCCUAUGAAUUACCUUUUUAAGUUCUUGAUUUUAAUGACCUACACUCAGCCUAGAAAACAUUUGCUGUAUAAUUUGGUCAACAAUUUCCAUUCUGUUUGUAUACUGUCAUAAUGUCUUAAACUACAGGAGUCACAUACUGAGUUUUUAUUUUUGUUUGCUUUGAGCAAGGUAGAUGGAUGUUUUGGCCAUUAUAAUGUGAAACCACUUCUUUCUUUACAGUAUUUGACCAAAUUUGUGUGUCUAUGAUAUUUGUAAAUACAUGCGAUAUCUGUAUUUCUUAUCAUAAGCCGAUUUAGUUUUAUUCUCAGUAGGGUUUUUGGACUGUACAGUGUUUAUAUGAUCUGAACUCCUUAUACAUAAGAAGGUGUGUAUAUUAAUUCAAUUAUGGACUUAAAAUAUUUUAAAAGUAUAAAUACCCUUAUUUGCUGCAAAGACCAGUGUGUAGACAUUUGCUUUUUAGCAAUAUUUUUAAGUGCUCCAUUUUAAUGCCAAGGAAUAAGUCUAUUGGCAACACAAACUGGUCAAUAAUAGGUAAUGCAGGUAUGUUCAGGUUAAGCCAACAAUGUUUUGCAUUUUUAUGCUUCUUUUCUGUCAACACUAAUGAAGUCAACAUUGCCUGAAUGUCUGAAUAAUGAAACACAUCCCUGUUUAAAAGUAUGUAACUGAAAAAGAAAUAAAAAUAAAGGUAGUUUUUUUAAA